CCGCAUUCCACGAACUCGCGCUCGUCGUUCCAUCGGGACAUUUUUCCUCCAGGUUUCUUCUUCUUCCCACCAUCAGCGCCCACCCACACUGCUCCGGCCCGGCCACUCCUUCAAUGAGGACACCAUAGACGGCCAUUGUGAACCCCCGCUCGCUCGAUCAGCCAUGGCGCCGCUCGUCGACAACGAGCAGAUCCAGAGCGCCGAGCUGCUGCGGCCGCUACCCCUGUAUCAGCACGCCUACGUCUGGCCCUUCGCCAUCAUCUGGCCUGUCUUUCUGCGCUACUACUUGACGCCCGAGCUGUACGAGAAGCACAUUCAAGCGCCCGAAUGGACUUUCGUAUGGGUUGGCACAAUUAUCACCUGCCAGACGCUGGUCUGGCUCUGCACUCACUGGAGCGUCAACCUCAACGCCGCAUUUACCGCCAAGAAGGCGCGCUCUGUCGAUGACGCGCUGCUGAUCAAGGUCAUCCCCGCCGCGAAUGCCGGUUCUGCCGAUAUCUGCAAGCUCGAGCGCACCAAAGUCGGUGACAAGACGAACACCUCGUUCCUCUUCCAGAAACGCCGCUUCCUCUACAACCCUGAGACGAAAUCGUUUGGAACUCUGGUGUACGCCAUCGACACAGAACCGAAGCCGAAGCUCGAAACGUUUCAGAAGUCAAGAGGUAUCACGAGUGCUGUCGACCUGGAGCGCCUCGAGCAGCAUUAUGGCACCAACACGUUCGACAUUCCCGUUCCGACCUUCACCGAAUUGUUCAAGGAGCAUGCCGUAGCACCAUUCUUCGUCUUCCAGGUCUUCUGUGUCGGCCUCUGGCUGCUGGACGAGUACUGGUACUACUCGCUCUUCACCCUCUUCAUGCUCGUCAUGUUCGAGAGCACCGUCGUGUGGCAGCGCCAGCGCACCUUGACCGAGUUCCGCAGCAUGAGCAUCAAGCCGUACGAUAUAUACGUCUUCCGUCUUGGAAAGUGGACCCAGAUUCAGAGCGACAAGCUGCUGCCGGGCGACCUGGUAUCCGUUACCCGGACCAAGGAGGACAGUGGCGUGGCCUGUGACAUGAUCCUCGUCGAGGGCACCGCCAUCGUGAACGAGGCCAUGCUCUCUGGUGAAAGCACCCCACUCUUGAAGGACUCGAUCCAGCUCCGUCCUGGCGACGCUCCCAUUGAUCCCGAAGGCUUGGACAAGAACUCGCUCUUGUGGGGCGGCACCAAGGUCCUGCAAAUCACCCAUGGCAGUGCUGAUGAAGAGAGGCCAAAGCUCGCCUCGGGCGUCCCUCCGCCUCCUGAUAAUGGUGCCAUGGCCAUCGUCACCAAGACAGGCUUCGAGACCUCACAGGGAAGCCUCGUGAGGACCAUGAUCUACUCGACCGAGCGCGUGUCUGCCAACAACGCCGAGGCGCUGCUCUUCAUCCUGUUCCUCCUCGUCUUCGCCCUGGCUGCCUCGUGGUACGUUUGGGAUGAAGGUGUGCGCAAGGAUCGCAAGCGCUCCAAGCUGCUGCUCGACUGCAUCCUCAUCGUCACGAGCGUUGUCCCGCCCGAGCUGCCCAUGGAGCUCAGCCUGGCUGUCAACACCAGCCUGUCGGCGCUUGCCAAGUAUGCCAUCUUCUGCACUGAACCCUUCAGACUCCCCUUUGCUGGUCGCAUCGAUGUGGCCUGCUUCGACAAGACCGGCACUCUGACGGGCGAGGACCUGGUGGUCGAGGGUAUUGCCGGUCUCGGGCUCGGCCAUUCCGGUACCAACACGCCUCGGGAGUCUGACGGUGCCCACAGCCGCAUGAGCCCUGUCCAUGCAACCAGCAUGGAGACCACUCUGGUCCUCGCAUCCGCUCAUGCCCUGGUGAAGCUUGACGAAGGCGACAUCGUUGGUGAUCCGAUGGAGAAGGCCACGUUGAACGCCCUUGGUUGGAGCCUGGGGAAGAAUGACAUCCUGACAAGCAAGCCGGGGGCCCCCGGAACCGUGGGCACCGUCCAAGUUAAGCGCCGCUUCCAAUUCUCGUCUGCUCUCAAGCGCCAGAGCUCCGUUACCUCCAUCAACGCCACCGACCCGAGCACCGGCCGCAAGCUGAGAGGUACCUUCGUUGCCGUCAAGGGCGCGCCCGAGACGAUCAUGAAGAUGCUGGUUACCGUUCCCAAGGACUAUGAGGAAACGUUCAAGUACUUCACUCGCCGGGGUUCCAGGGUCCUGGCGUUGGCGUACAAGCAUCUCACGACCGAAGGCGAGCUCGGCGCGAGCAAGAUCAACGAUCUCAAGCGCGAGAAUGUCGAGGCAGAUCUCCACUUUGCCGGCUUCCUCGUCCUUCAGUGCCCGCUCAAGGAGGAUGCCAAGCAGGCCGUUCAAAUGCUCAGCGAGAGCAGCCACCGCGUCGUCAUGAUCACCGGUGACAACCCGCUCACCGCUGUUCACGUUGCUAGGGAAGUCGAGAUUGUCGACCGCGAUGUUCUCAUCUUGGACGCUCCGGAGCACAGCGUGCACGGCGAGGAGUCGUUGAUCUGGCGCAGCGUUGACGACAAGGUCCGGAUUGACGUCGACCCGACCAAGCCUAUCGACCCGGAGAUCAUCAAGACGAAGGACCUCUGCGUGACCGGAUAUGCGCUGAACAAGUUCAAGGGCCAGGUCGGUUGGAAAACGCUUCUGCGGUAUACAUGGGUGUACGCCCGCGUUUCGCCAAAGCAGAAAGAGGAUAUCCUCUUGGGCCUGAAGGACAUGGGCUACUACACCCUCAUGGCUGGCGACGGCACCAACGAUGUCGGCGCCCUCAAGCAGGCUCACAUUGGUGUUGCUCUGCUCAACGGCACCCAGGAAGACCUGACUCGCAUUGCCGAGCACGCGCGCAAUACCAAGAUGAAGGACCUCUACCAGAAGCAGGUUGACCUCAUGAAGCGCUGGGGCCAGCCGCCUCCGCCGGUUCCCGUCAUGAUCGCCCAUCUUUACCCACCCGGACCGUCCAACCCGCAUUACCAGAAGGCGAUGGAGCGCGAGGCCCAGAAGAAGGGUGUCACGGUUGAGCAGCUUGCUAAGGCAAACGGCACCAAUAUCGAGACGGUCACUUCUCCGGCCGCCCGGCAGCUGAUAGACUCGGACCCUCGCAAGGCCAAGCAGGCCGAGGCAUCCAAGAAGGCUGCCGGAUUGGCCGACAAGCUCACGCAAUCCAUGAUGGACGCCGAGAUGGACGACGAGCCGCCUACCCUGAAGCUGGGCGAUGCCUCCGUGGCCGCGCCGUUCACUUCCAAGCUCCGCAACGUCAUCGCCAUCCCCAACAUUAUCCGUCAGGGCCGGUGCACGCUGGUGGCCACGAUCCAGAUGUACAAGAUUCUCGCGCUCAACUGCCUCAUCAGCGCCUACAGCUUGAGUGUUCUGUACCUGGAGGGCAUCAAGUUUGGCGACGGGCAGAUCACCAUCAGCGGCAUGCUCAUGAGCGUCUGCUUCCUCUCGAUUUCCCGUGCCAAGUCGGUCGAGGGCCUCUCCAAGGAGCGGCCUCAGCCCAACAUCUUCAACUUCUACAUCAUCGGGUCAAUCCUCGGCCAGUUUUCGGUGCACGUUGCGACUCUCAUCUACAUUGCGCAGUACUGCGAGGUUUUGGAACCUCGCUCCGAAGCGCCCGAUCUCGAGGCCGACUUCUCUCCCUCGCUCCUCAACUCGGCUGUCUACCUCCUCCAGCUCAUCCAGCAGAUCUCCACCUUCGCCGUCAACUACCAGGGCCGGCCGUUCCGCGAGUCGCUGUCGGAAAAUAAGGGCAUGUUCUACGGCAUCGUGGGCGUCACGGCCAUCGCCUUUGCCUGCUCGACCGAGUUCAUCCCCGAGCUCAACGAGGCCAUGAAGCUGGUUCCGUUCAAGGACGAGUUCAAGACGACCAUCACUGCGGUCAUGAUCCUGGACUUCGUCGCGUGCUACGUCAUCGAGGUGGUGCUCAAGUACCUGUUUAGCGACCUGAAGGCGCGGGACAUUGCGGAGCGCAGGCCGGAGCAGCUUGAGAGGGAGCGGGAGCGAAAGGCGGCGGAGCUGAAGAAGAGAGAGGAAGAGGAGGAGCGGAAGAGGAUGGAGAAGGUGGCCGAGUUCGAGAGGAAGCUCGCCGAGAGGCAGGCAGCGCUCAGGGCUCGGACUGGAGGACAGAGAGCGGCGGCUUAAUUAAGAGCGAGCGAGUCUGUCAAGAGACAACAAGUGUACCGAAUUGUUCUGCGGGCUUUGGUGUGUAUAACAACAGCAUGGGUGUAGUAGAGAAUAGAGGGCCUGGGAAUACAUGGAGUGGGUGGUCGACGGUGGACCAUCGUCCGCAGUUGAUAAUCAAUAAUAAUACAUGGGUCACGAUCUCUAGCGCAC